UUCCACGCAUGCGUAGCGCCAACUUCCUGUUACAACAAGACACCGAUGUCUUGGAACUGUGUGGACUGGAUCUCUACAGUGGUUUUGUUAUUAUGAUAAAAUAGACAGGUUUAGGAUCACCUCCUGGAUAUGACAAUGGUAACUAGCUACUGUAACUAGUUGUGUAGAGUUGUAACGUUACAGUAUUUCACUACCAUGUCGGACAAAGUUAGGGCUGGGGACGGCAAAGACAACGGAGAUCUCAUUAGAAGCUACCAUAAACAGGCAUUUCAAUACAUAUCCGUGGCACUCAAGAUCGAUGAAGAUGACAAAGGUUGAAUGCAUCUCAUCUUUUUUUAAAUUUUUUAUAUUGUAGAUGUUUAUCAUACAUUAGCUUCGAUGAAACCAAGAGAGUUUUACAAUGUCAAAACUCUUGGUUGCAUCGAAGCUAAUCAUACAUGUUGUGUGACUGUAUGCAAGCAUAUGCAAUGGCUCACUGGGAGUGUGUGUGUGUAUAUGUGUGUGUGCGCGUGAGAGAGAGUGAGUGAGUGAGUGAGUGUGUGUGUGAGAGUGAGUGUGUGUGUGAGAGUGAGUGUGUGUGUGUGUCUGUCUGUGUACGCUCUCUCUCUCUCUCUCUAUCUCUCUCUCUCUCUCUCUCUAUCUGUGACUCUGAGCCUGUGGGUUUGUGAUGGCAGGUGUCAAGGAGGAGGCAGUCCAGUGGUAUCAGAAAGGCAUUUCAGAGCUUCAAAAGGGGAUUGCUAUUGAAGUCAUAGGACAAGGUAAACUAAUUCCUACCUCAUCGUCUUUCAAGUUAAUACGAGGUGGUUUGUGUUUUGGCCAGUUACCAUGUUUCUCUUUCUUUCACUUUCACUUUAGGAGAACAUUAUGAUCGGGCAAAGAGGCUUCAAACUAAGAUGAUCACCAAUCUCACCAUGGCAAAGGACCGACUCGCUCUUUUAGGUCAGCUGUCUGACGUUUUUUUUUUUAGAUUAUAUCACAUCAUGAUAACUUCCCAUACUGGUAAUAUAUGAGUCAUGCUGCAGUCUUCUCUCACAACACACUUGAAGUGAUGCCACUCUUAGAUUUGAGCUAUAAAGAUUUGUGCUGUAAAGAAAUCCCUGACUAAGAUCAGUACUUUUAUCUCUCUUUCUCUCUCUCCCCCUCACUCAACAAGGUUUAAAAAAUAUAGACAUUUCAAGUGUUAUAUUACCAGCUAUGUGUUUUAGCAAUGUGCAAAUAGUUGUAGUGCGUAUAGUAGGGUCUCUCUCUCUCUCCAUCCUCUCUCUCUCUCUCUCGCUCCAUCCUCUCUCUCUCUCUCUCUCUCUACAUCUCUUUCUCUCUCUCUCUACAUCCUCUCUCUCUCUCUCCAUCCUCUCUCUCUCUCUCUCUAUCUUCUCUCUCCAUCACCACAGAAGGUGCAUCGGCGUCUAAAAAGAGAAACAGCUCUCAGAGUCCAUCAGGCCAUCUCCCUACCCCUCCAGUGAGGCCUACUGGUCCAAAGAACCAGCCAGGUCCAGGUGGUUCCAUGUCCAGUCACAGCAAGCCAGCGAGCACUGGAAGAACUGGCUCAAGCAAGACUAACAAUAUCAAGGUAUCCCUGGUCCCAUUAAAGUACAGGCCUUGUCCUAUACUGUCUCUUAUACCUGGUCCCAUAAACGAUUUAGUCCUAGUCUUACAACCUCCCCGAGUGGCGCAGCUGUGCCACUAGAGAUCCUGGUUCGAAUCCAGGCUCUGUUGUAGCCGGCCGCGACCGGGAGACCCAUGGGGCGGCGCACAAUUGGCCCAGCGUCGUCCAGGGUAGGGGAGGGAAUGGCCGGCAGGGAUGUAGCUCAGUUGGUAGAGCAUGGCGUUUGCAACGCCAGGGUUGUGGGUUCGAUUCCCACGGGGGGCCAGUAUGAAAAAAAAAAACUGUAAGUCGCUCUGGAUAAGAGCGUCUGCUAAAUGACUAAAAUGUAAAUGUAACAGUUUACAGAAAACAACGUUUCUGAGUAGUACUGUUUCAAAUGGGACAUUGUUGCUCAUAGUGUAGGCUUUUUGUUUUAUGUGAAGUGUAUUUUUAUGGUCUUAUGGAGUGCUCUCUGUAAGGUUGUCCCUCGGGCUGCAGGAAGAGGACAGAAUGGCAGACCGGCAGCAGCGUCAAAGGAACCACAGAGGAGGGAUAUGAAGAACUUUAAGAAUGUGGACAGCAAGCUGGCCAACCUCAUACUGAAUGAGAUCGUGGACAGGUAGGGUAGAGAAGUAGCCUAGCCUGGAUCUAUCCGUGUAGUCUUUUGAUCAUUGUCUAGGGAGUUGGCUAUACAGUACAAACAGAUGUAUGACCAGGCUAUGAUAGAGAAGACCCUCAGCACAUUCAAUGGAGGGAUUCUAGAUACGAUGAUAGUGGACUGCAGUCAGGAUCAAAUUAUACAUAGACUCUUGGGGAUGCCCUGACGUCAAAAUCUUCGACUUUUGAGGGGGCCCACACUGGUACCUUUGUUAAGGCGGUGCCUAGCUCUCCUGUAAUCUAACCCAUGACUGUAAUUGAGACUGCUGUGGUUCUGGAGUCAUUCAAACAUGUGUGUCUGUGUAUUUCAGUGGGUCAGCAGUGAGCUUUGAAGACAUAGCAGGACAGGAGCUGGCUAAACAGGCUCUCCAGGAGAUAGUUAUCCUGCCUGCACUCAGACCUGAGGUGAGAUUGUUUCCUUUCUACUCUGUGUUAUGAGCUGCUAUCUGUCAGUUAUGAGCUGCUAUCUGUCAGUGAUGAGCUGCUAUCUGUCAGUUAUGAGCUGCUAUCUGUCAGUGAUGAGCUGCUCUCUGUCAGUGAUGAGCUGCUAUCUGUCAGUGAUGAGCUGCUAUCUGUCAGUGAUGAGCUGCUAUCUGUCAGUGAUGAGCUGCUAUCUGUCAGUGAUGAGCUGCUCUCUGUCAGUUAUGAGCUGCUCUCUGUCAGUGAUGAGCUGCUAUCUGUCAGUGAUGAGCUGCUAUCUGUCAGUGAUGAGCUGCUAUCUGUCAGUGAUGAGCUGCUCUCUGUCAGUGAUGAGCUGCUCUCUGUCAGUGAUGAGCUGCUCUCUGUCAGUGAUGAGCUGCUAUCUGUCAGUGAUGAGCUGCUCUCUGUCAGUGAUGAGCUGCUAUCUGUCAGUGAUGAGCUGCUAUCUGUCAGUGAUGAGCUGCUAUCUGUCAGUUAUGAGCUGCUCUCUGUCAGUGAUGAGCUGCUAUCUGUCAGUGAUGAGCUGCUAUCUGUCAGUGAUGAGCUGCUAUCUGUCAGUGAUGAGCUGCUAUCUGUCAGUGAUGAGCUGCUAUCUGUCAGUGAUGAGCUGCUAUCUGUCAGUGAUGAGCUGCUAUCUGUCAGUGAUGAGCUGCUCUCUGUCAGUGAUGAGCUGCUAUCUGUCAGUGAUGAGCUGCUAUCUGUCAGUGAUGAGCUGCUAUCUGUCAGUGAUGAGCUGCUAUCUGUCAGUGAUGAGCUGCUAUCUGUCAGUUAUGCCUGAUUCACAUUCUAGGGUCAAACCUACCCAAGCCAAGCUGAGCUGCAUUGGUCUGGUCUGGUUACACAUCCACCAUAUUUGCUGAAACCGUGCUGAAAAGGACAAUUUGAAAUGAAAAUAUCAGAGCCAGCACAGUACGGUUGAGGUCGGCCCUAUUGUGGGAAUCAGGCUUCACAGUUGUGUAGUGGUCUCUACUCCAGUCUAUGGUGUGGUCUCUACUCCAGUCUGGUGGCGUUGUCUCUACUCCAGUCUGGUGGUGUUGUCUCUACUCCAGUCUAUGGCGUUGUCUCUACUCCAGUCUAUGGUGUUGUCUCUACUCCAGUCUAUGGUGUUGUCUCUACUCCAGUCUGGUGGCGUUGUCUCUACUCCAGUCUAUGGUGUUGUCUCUACUCCAGUCUAUGGUGUUGUCUCUACUCCAGUCUAUGGUGUUGUCUCUACUCCAGUCUAUGGUGUUGUCUCUACUCCAGUCUAUGGUGUUGUCUCUACUCCAGUCUAUGGUGUUGUCUCUCUACUCUCCAGUCUAUGGUGUUGUCUCUACUCCAGUCUAUGGGUUGUCUCUACUCCAGUCUAUGGUGUUGUCUCUACUCCAGUCUGGUGGCGUUGUCUCUACUCCAGUCUAUGGCGUUGUCUCUACUCCAGUCUAUGGGGUUGUCUCUACUCCAGUCUGGUGGCGUUGUCUCUACUCCAGUCUAUGGUGUUGUCUCUACUCCAGUCUAUGGGUUGUCUCUACUCCAGUCUGGUGGCUUUGUCUCUACUCCAGUCUAUGGUGUUGUCUCUACUCCAGUCUGGUGGCGUUGUCUCUACUCCAGUCUAUGGUGUUGUCUCUACUCCAGUCUGGUGGCGUUGUCUCUACUCCAGUCUAUGGUGUUGUCUCUACUCCAGUCUAUGGUGUUGUCUCUACUCCAGUCUAUGGUGUUGUCUCUACUCCAGUCUGGUGGCGUUGUCUCUACUCCAGUCUAUGGUGUUGUCUCUACUCCAGUCUGGUGGUGUUGUCUCUACUCCAGUCUAUGGCGUUGUCUCUACUCCAGUCUAUGGCGUUGUCUCUACUCCAGUCUGGUGGUGUUGUCUCUACUCCAGUCUAUGGUGUUGUCUCUACUCCAGUCUAUGGCGUUGUCUCUACUCCAGUCUAUGGCGUUGUCUCUACUCCAGUCUAUGGUGUUGUCUCUACUCCAGUCUAUGGUGUUGUCUCUACUCCAGUCUAUGGUGUUGUCUCUACUCCAGUCUAUGGUGUUGUCUCUACUCCAGUCUAUGGUGUUGUCUCUACUCCAGUCUAUGGCGUUGUCUCUACUCCAGUCUGGUGGUGUUGUCUCUACUCCAGUCUAUGGUGUUGUCUCUACUCCAGUCUAUGGUGUUGUCUCUACUCCAGUCUAUGGUGUUGUCUCUACUCCAGUCUGGUGUUGUGUUGGUCCCCUCUAGCUGUUCACUGGUCUCAGAUCCCCGGCACGAGGUCUGCUCCUCUUCGGCCCUCCAGGCAACGGAAAGACCAUGCUGGUGAGUCAAACGUUCUGUGACCAUGACAUCACAUGGUGUUGAGGAAGAGGUUAUUCCUCCUUCUCUUGAUAAUGAUUGGUCUCUUUUGUCCCCCUACCCAGGCCAAAGCAGUAGCCAUGGAAUCCCACGCCACCUUCUUUAACAUCAGCGCCGCCACUCUGACCUCUAAAUGGGUGAGUGGUCUGAAGAGUGUUGUCAUUUUCUGAGUCCCAAAUGGCACCCUAUUCUCUAAGUAGUGCACUACUUCAGACCAGGACCCAGAGGGUAGUGCACUACUUCAGACCAGGACCCAGGUAGAGCGAUGUCUCACCUAGUGGAUUAGCUAAUGUUAGUGGUAGCUGAGUGAGCAGUUAACGGUUUAUUACUGAUUUCUAAACUAUCUAUAAACAAAUGAUUAUACGUCUUUAAACUGCUUAUACACUCUUUACAACCACUUUAUAAAGUAUACUUGAGUGACCUUUGACCUGUAUCUCUCCUUUCCAGGUGGGAGAGGGAGAGAAGCUGGUCAGAGCUUUGUUUGCUGUGGCCAGAGAACUACAGCCUGCCAUCAUCUUCAUUGGUUGGUUUGAUUGAUUUUAUUGAAUGUCUGACGUCUAACAUUGAUCUGACGUCCAACAGUGAUCUGACAUCCAACAGUGAUCUGACGUCUAACAGUGAUCUGACGUCCAACAGUAAUCUGACGUCUAACAGUGAUCUGACGUCCAACAGUGAUCUGAGGUCUAACAGUAAUCUGAGGUCUAACAGUAAUCUGAGGUCUAACAGUGAUCUGACGUCUAACAGUGAUCUGACGUCUAACAGUGAUCUGAGGUCUAACAGUGAUCUGAGGUCUAACAGUAAUCUGAGGUCUAACAGUAAUCUGACGUCUAACAGUGAUCUGAGGUCUAACAGUGAUCUGACGUCUAACAGUGAUCUGACGUCUAACAGUGAUCUGACUUCCAACAGUAAUCUGAGUUACAUAUUGCAGUUUAUAUUUAAUUGUAUAAUUUAUUUUCCUGGUUGUGUUUGUUUCUGAGAGACUGAACAGACAGUGGCUGGUCACUGACCUUGUGGUGAUGCUGUUUGCCGUCCUCCCAGAUGAGAUCGACAGCCUGCUGUGUGAGAGGAGGGAAGGGGAACACGAUGCCAGCCGACGAUUAAAAACCGAGUUCCUCAUCCAGUUCGAUGGGGUAAGACCCCUUUGUUAUGUCACAGUAAUGUUACUCAUACUGCAAUUAUCAAUGGCAGUUGCAAUGCCUAUGUACUGUUUUAUUCAUGUUUUAUGUAUGGGUUAUCAAUGAGCUAUAAAAAGACCUUGUGUACACUACACUACAUGACCAAAAGUAUGUGGACACCUGCUCGUCCAACAUCUCAUUCCAAAAUCAUGGGCAUUAAUAUGGAGUUGGUCCCCCCCCCUUUGCUGCUAUACCAGCCUCCACUCUUCUGGGAAGGCUUUCCACUAGAUGUUGCUGCGGGGACUCAUAUGUUGUUUGUCACAUACACGUGUUUAGCAGAUGUUAUUGCGGGUGUAGCGAAAUGCUUGUGCUUCUAGCUCCGACAGUGCAGUAAUAUCUUACAAGUAAUAUCUAACAAUUUCACAACAUAUACCCAAUACACACAAAUCUAAGUAAGGAAUGGAAUUUAAGAAUAUAUACAUAUAUGGACAAGCAAUGACAGAGCGGCAUGGACUAAGAUACAGUAGAAUAUUAUAGAAUACAGUAUAUACAUGAGAUGAGUAGUGCAAGAUAUGUAAACAUUAUUAAAGUGACUAGUGUUCCAUUUCUUAAAGUGGCCAAUGAUUUCAAUAGGCAGCAGCAGCCUCUAAUGUGCUAGUAAUGGCUAUUUAACAGUCAGAUGGCCUUGAGAUAGAAGCUGUUUUUCAUUCUCUCGGUCCCAGCUUUGAUGCACCUGUACUGGCCUCGCCUUCUGGAUGAAAGCGGGGUGAACAGGCCGUGGCUCGGAUGGUUGAUGUCCUUGAUGAUCUUUUUGGCCUUCCUGUGACAUUGGGUGCUGUAUGUGUCUUGGAGGGUGGGUAGUUUGCCCCCGUUAAUGCGUUCGGCAGACGGCACCACCCUCUGGAGAGCCCUGUGGUUGCGGGCGGUGCAGUUGACGUACCAGGCGGUGAUACAGCCCGACAGGAUGCUCUCAAUUGUCGUGCACUGAUGUUGGGCGAUUAGGCCUGGCUCGCAGUCUGCGUUCUAAUACAUCCCAAAGGUGUUCGAUGGGGUUGAGGUCAGGGCUCUGUGCAGGCCAGUCAAGUUCUUCCACACUGAUCGCGACAAACCAUUUCUGAAUGGACCUCGCUUUGUGCACGGGGGCAUUGUCAUGCUGAAACAGGAAUGGGCCUUCCCCAAACUGUUGCCACAAAGUUGGAAGCACAGAAUAAUCUAGAAUGUCAUUGUAUGCUGUAGCGUUUAGAUUUCCCUUCACUGAAACAAAGGGGUCUAGCCCGAACCAUGAACAGACCCAGACCAUUAUUCCUCCUCCAUCAAACUUUACAGUUGGCACUAUGCAUUCGGGUAGCUUGCGUUCUCCUGGGCAUUGCGCAUGGUGAUCUUAGGCUUGUGUGCGGCUGCUCGGCCAUGGAAACCCAUUUCAUGAAGCUCCCGACAAACAGUUAUUGUGCUGACGUUGCUUCCAGAGGCAGUUUGGAACUCGGUAGUGAGUGUUGCAACCGAGGACAGACAAUUGUUAUGCGCUUCAGCACUCUGUGGUCCCAUUCUGUGUGCUUGUGUGGCCUACCACUUUGCGGCUGAGCCAUGAUAAUAGACGUUUCCACUUCACAAUGUUUCCACUUCAGAGUUGACCGGGGCAGCUCUAUCAGGGCAGAAAUUUGACGAACUUACUUGUUGGAAAGGUGGCAUCCUGUGACGGUGCCACGUUGAAAGUCACUGAGCUCUUCAGUGAGGCCAUUCUACUGCCAAUGUUUGUCUGUGGAGAUUGCAUGGCAGUGUACUCGAUUGUAUACACCUGUCAGCAAUGGGUGUGGAUGAAAUAGCUGAAUCCACUAAUUUGAAGUGGUGUCCACAUACUUUUAUAUAUACAGUGGGGAGAACAAGUAUUUGAUACACUGCCGAUUUUGCAGGUUUUCCUACUUACAAAGCAUGUAGAGGUCUGUAAUUUUUAUCAUAGGUACACAUCAACUGUGAGAGACGGAAUCUAAAACAAAAAUCCAGAAAAUCACAUUGUAUGAUUUUUUAAAUAAUUAAUUUGCAUGACAUAAGUAUUUGAUCACCUACCAACCAGUAAGAAUUCCGGCUCUCACAGACCUGUUAGUUUUUCUUUAAGAAGCCCUCCUGUUCUCCACUCAUUACCUGUAUUAACUGCACCUGUUUGAACUCGUUACCUGUAUAAAAGACACCUGUCCACACACUCAAUCAAACAGACUCCAACCUCUCCACAAUGGCCAAGACCAGAGAGCUGUGUAAGGACAUCAGGGAUAAAAUUGUAGACCUGCACAAGGCUGGGAUGGGCUACAGGACAAUAGGCAAGCAGCUUGGUGAGAAGGCAACAACUGUUGGCGCAAUUAUUAGAAAAUGGAAGAAGUUCAAGAUGACGGUCAAUCACCCUCGGUCUGGGGCUCCAUGCAAGAUCUCACCUCGUGGGGCAUCAAUGAUCAUGAGGAAGGUGAGGGAUCAGCCCAGAACUACACGGCAGGACCUGGUCAAUGACCUGAAGAGAGCUGGGACCACAGUCUCAAAGAAAACCAUUAGUAACACACUACGCCGUCAUGGAUUAAAAUCCUUCAGCGCACGCAAGGUCCCCCUGCUCAAGCCAGCGUAUGUCCAGGCCCGUCUAAAGUUUGCCAAUGACCAUCUGGAUGAUCCAGAGGAGGAAUGGGAGAAGGUCAUGUGGUCUGAUGAGACAAAAAUAGAGCUUUUUGGUCUAAACUCCACUCGCCGUGUUUGGAGGAAGAAGAAGGAUGAGUACAACCCCAAGAACACCAUCCCAACCGUGAAGCAUGGAGGUGGAAACAUCAUUCUUUGGGGAUGGUUUUCUGCAAAGGGGACAGGACGACUGCACCGUAUUGAGGGGAGGAUGGAUGGGGCCAUGUAUCGCGAGAUCUUGGCCAACAACCUCCUUCCCUCAGUAAGAGCAUUGAAGAUGGGUCGUGGCUGGGUCUUCCAGCAUGACAACGACCCGAAACACACAGCCAGGGCAACUAAGGAGUGGCUCCGUAAGAAGCAUCUCAAGGUCCUGGAGUGGCCUAGCCAGUCUCCAGACCUGAACCCAAUAGAAAAUCUUUGGAGGGAGCUGAAAGUCCGUAUUGCCCAGCGACAGCCCCGAAACCUGAAGGAUCUGGAGAAGGUCUGUAUGGAGGAGUGGGCCAAAAUCCCUGCUGCAGUGUGUGCAAACCUGGUCAAGACCUACAGGAAACGAAUGAUCUCUGUAAUUGCAAACAAAGGUUUCUGUACCAAAUAUUAGGUUCUGCUUUUGUGAUGUAUCAAAUACUUAUGUCAUGCAAUAAAAUGCAAAUUAAUUACUUUAAAAUCAUACAAUGUGAUUUUCUGGAUUUUUGUUUUAGAUUCCGUCUCUCACAGUUGAAGUGUACCUAUGAUAAAAAUUACAGACCUCUACAUGGUUUGUAAGUAGGAAAACCUGCAAAAUCGGCAGUGUAUCAAAUACUUGUUCUCCCCGCUGUGUAUAUAUAUAUAUAUAGUGUAGGUAUCCUUCAACAACACUAGUCUCCUGAUUAGUCUCUACUAAUCUCCUGCAGGUGCAGUCAGAAGGUGCAGAGAGGGUCCUGGUGAUGGGAGCUACCAACAGGCCACAGGAGCUGGACGAAGCUGUUCUCAGGUACUGAAUAUGAUACACAAAAUAAAGUUCUGAACCGGUUCAAACCCAAAAAAAUAAGUAACAUUUUAUAUCGUUCAUUUCUGUUCUUUUUUUUUUAAACCUCUGAAAUACAUAUAUUUUUAAACAUUUAGCUCAACAUUAAAUUAACACUGUGUGGAUAGAGCAGCUUGCUAUGGAGCGGGCAAGCCAUAUACAGUAUAUGCAUUGGACAGACAAGUGUAGGGCGCGAGAUGUGACUAAAGUUUUGCGGGUGGUGAUAGAGGGUGGAGGAGGAGGCUUGGUAGCCUAAAACAACCGGGAAAAUAACGGUUCUUUUCCGGAACAGUAUAGAUCACUUUCGUUCCCAGUUCUGAUUCUGUUCCUUGAAAAAUGUCCUUAUUUUCCGGGUUUUCUGUUCUGUUCCCUGAACCGGUUCUAAUUUGUUAUUUUAUUUGUCCUUUUUAUAGGCGAUUUGCCAAACGGGUGUACGUGUCCUUGCCAACAGAGGAGGUAAACCCACGUUGCAUGUUUCUGAACUUUGCUAUGGCUUGAGUAGUUUACCGGGUAGAUUUUUAAAAAAAACAAUGUUAUGUGUUUGCUAUCGCCACAGACGCGUUUCAAGUUGCUGAAUAAUCUAUUGGGAAAGCAUGGACACCCACUCAACCAGAAGGAAUUAGCCCAUCUAGCAAAGUAAGUUCUCACACUACGCUACACUUGGCCACAUUUUUUCCCCCCCAAAGCAUAAAACCGUAGAGGUAAAACCAUACAACCUAAACAUGCUCUAACCUCCUCAGAAUGACAGGGGGCUAUUCAGGAAGUGAUCUUACCUCAUUGGCUAAGGAUGCUGCUCUUGGACCAAUCAGGGGUGAGUAAAGGCCAGGCCGAUCUUUCAGCCUGUACCAAUGCCCAAAGGUUAUGGCUAUAUGCAAUGUACCCAUUAUACCUAUAUACACUCACCGGCCAGUUUAUUAGGUACACCCCGGAUCGCACCUACUAUAUAAACCAGGCAUCCAGUUACUGUUCGACUGAAUGUUAGAAUGGGCAAAACAAGUGACCUAAGCGACUUUGAGCGUGGCAUGAUCGUCGGUGCCAGGCACGCCGGGUCCAGUACCUCUGAAACGGUCGACCUCCUGGGCUUUUAAUGCACGACAGUGUCUAGGGUUUACAGAGAAUGGUGUGACAAACAUAACAACAUCCAGUCAGCGGCAGUCCUGUGGGCGAAAACAGCUCAUUGAUGAGAUGUCGAAGGAGAAUGGCAAGAAUCGUGCAAGCUAACAGGCGGGCCACAAACAGACAAAUAACAUGUUUACAUUUUAGUCAUUUAGCAAAUGCUCUUAUCCAGAGCGACUUACAGUUAGUGAGUGCAUACAUUUUCAUACUGCCCCCCCCCCCCCCCCGUGGGAAUCGAACCCACAACCCUGGCGUUGCAAGCGCCAUGCUCUACCAACUGAGCUACACGGGACACAAUAAGUAUUUAUAACGGUGCAGUACAACAGUGGUGUGCAGAACGGCAUCUCGGAACACACAACUCGUCGAUCCUUGUCACGGAUGGGGUAUUGCAGCCAACGACCACCCCGGGUUCCACUCCUAUCAGCUAAAACCAAUAAGAAGCGGCUCCAGUGGGCACGCCGUCACCACCACUGGACAAUUGAGGAGUGGAAAAACAUAGCCUGAAACAUGACAGUGAGUUUCAGUUUACUUGAGAGGCCUGCACAGUCCCCAGACCUCAACCCAAUAGAGCGUCUUUGGGAUGAGAUGGAACGGGCUGUUCGCAGAAUGAAUGUACCACCGUCCAAUCUGUAGCAUGGACCGACAUCCUUGUGGAACUUUUCCGACACCUUGUAGAAUGCCCCGAAGAAUUCAGGCUGUUCUGGAGGCAAAGUGGGGUCCGAACCCGGUACUAGUUGGGUGUACCUAAUAAAUUGUCCGGUGUAUAUUAUAAUAUUGUAGCAGACCUGAUGGGUAGCCCCGACCAGGACUCAAACCCAGGUCCAGCGACUGUCAACAGCUUAACCGUUACGCCAAGAGGUCCGAACCCCUUGACGAGGUCGCUAGGUGUUGGGUUAAGGUCUCCACAAUAUCUUUAUGCCUGGUGCCUGAUCAUGUUUGUUUUGUCUGUUUACACAGAACUGGGACCAGAACAAGUGAAAAACAUGGCUGCUAGUGAUGUAAGUUGUAACAGCUAAAAGCUAGAAUAGACUAUAUCUGACAUGAAUAGAGAAUAUAUUUCUGUGUCUGAAUAGAGAAUAUACACUAUAUAUACAAAAGUAUGUGGACACCCCUUAAAAUGAGUGGAUUUGACAUUUUCAGCCACACCCGUUGCUGACAGGUGUAUAGAAUCGAGCACACAGCUAUGCAAUCUCCAUAGACAAACAUUGGCAGUAGAAUGGCCUUACUGAAGAGCUCAGUGACUUUCAACGUGGCACCGUCAUAGGAUGCCACCUUUCCAACAAGUUAGUUCGUCACACAAGCUCACAGAACGGGACCGGCGAGUGCUGAAGCGCGUUAAAAUGGUCUGUCCUCGGUUGCAAAACUCACUACCGAGUUCCAAACUGCCUCUGGAAGCAACGUCAGCACAAGAACUGUUCAUCGGGAGCUUCAUGAAAUGGGUUUCCAUGGCCGAGCAGCCGCACACAAGCCUAAGAUCACCAUCUGCAAUGCCAAGCGUCGGCCGGAGUGGUGUAAAGCUCACCGCCAUUGGACUCUGGAGCAGUGGAAACACUUUCUCUGGAGUGAUGAAUCACUCUUCACCAUCUGGCAGUCCGACGGACGAAUCUGUGUUUGGUGGAUGCCAGGAGAACGCUACCUGCCCCAAUGCACAGUGCCAACUGUAACGUUUGGUGGAGGAGGAAUAAUGAUCUGGGGCUGGGCCCCUUAGUUCCAGUGAAGGGAAAUCGUAAUGCUACAGCAUACAAUUACAUUCUAGACGAUCCUUCCCUGAAGAGUGGAGGCUGUUAUAGCAGAAAAGGGGGGGGGGGGACCAACUCCAUAGUAAUGCCCAAGAUUUUGGAAUGAGACGUUCGAAGAGCAGAUGUCCACAUACUUUUGGUCAUGUAGUGUAUUUCUGUGUAUGAAUAGAGAAUAUAUUUCUGUGUCUGAAUAGAGAAUAUAUUUCUGUGUCUGAAUAGAGAAUAUAUUUCUGUGUCUGAAUAGAGAAUAUAUUUCUGUGUCUGAAUAGAGAAUAUAUUUCUGUGUCUGAAUAGAGAAUAUAUUUCUGUGUCUGAAUAGAGAAUAUAUUUAUGUGUCUGAAUAGAGAAUAUAUUUAUGUGUAUACUGAUGCUUUUUUGCAUUUACAGAUGCGUAACAUCCGCUGCCGGGACUUUGAGGAUUCUCUGAAGCGUAUAAAGCCCAGUGUCAGUCCCACAACCCUGGACGCGUAUGUUAGGUGGAACACUGACUAUGGAGACACCACGGUCUUCUAGAACCAUGGAACUAACUCACUUCCCAGCUUAUUUUGCAUAAAAACCUUUCCACAACUUUCUGGGAACGGUGCAGGUAGUUGCUUGGCUU